GUCGAGCGCCAGCGUAAAUCCUAAAAUUUGUUUCCUUCCUAUUGUUUCGUUUUUUUUUUAUACGCACAAAACUUUCCAAGGGCAAACCAUCCAAUAAGACAAUGCAUACACAACGGGUGGAACUUGAAGGGCGAUUUUGAACUCCAUUGUGCUAAAAUUAAGCACUAGGUUGGUGGGUGAUUUUCCCACAAUUACAGAACAUGGAGUUACUGAACAAGCUUCGGCAGCUGGAUGCAUAUCCAAAAAUCAGUGAAGAUUUUUACCAGAGAAGCUUUUCUGGUGGUGUGAUUACAAUUGUAUCAUCUACUGUCAUAGUGUUUCUCUUCUUCACCGAGCUGAGUUUAUACCUUCACGGUAUUACGGAGAAUGAGCUUAUUGUGGACACAUCAAGAGGAGAGAGACUUCAAAUCAAUUUUGAUGUGACUUUCCCUGCACUUGCAUGCUCUCUUCUUAGUUUGGAUGCCAUGGAUAUUAGUGGAGAUCAACACCUUGAUGUUAAGCAUGAUAUAAUUAAAAAAAGACUUGAUACCUCUGGAAAUGUUAUUGAGAUGAGGAGUGAUGGAAUUGGUGGACCCAAGAUUGAUAAACCUUUACAGCGACAUGGUGGCAGGUUGGAACACAAUGAAACAUAUUGUGGAUCUUGCUAUGGGGCAGAAGCGUCAGAUGAUGAUUGCUGUAAUUCAUGCGAGGAAGUCCGGGAUGCUUACCGUGUUAAAGGUUGGGGAUUGACAAAUCCUGAUUUGAUAGAUCAGUGCAAAAGGGAAGGAUUUCUGAACAAGAUCAAAGAGGAAGCUGGUGAAGGAUGCAACAUAUAUGGAUCGCUUGAAGUAAACAAAGUGGCAGGGAAUUUCCAUUUUGCUCCUGGUAGAAGUUUUCAAUAUUCUGGAAUGCAUGUGCAUGAUCUAAUGUCAUUUCAGACUGAAAACAUCAAUGUGAGUCAUACAAUACACAAGUUGACAUUUGGAGCACACUUCCCAGGAGUUGUAAAUCCUCUUGACGGAGUACAGUGGACACAGCAAAUGAGAACUGGCAUGUAUCAAUAUUUUAUUAAGGUAGUACCCACUGUAUAUAGUGACAUUGGUGGGAAUAAAAUCCUGACAAAUCAGUUCUCAGUAACUGAACACUUCAGAGCUAUGGAAUUUGGUAUGAGUGGAUCCCUGCCUGGAGUAUUCUUCUUUUACGACCUUUCACCAAUCAAGCCACUUUAUGCAUCUUCAUGGCUUUCUUUCACAAGUCAGCUGCAAUAUGCUCCAACAAUUACUCGUGAAUCUCCUCACAGAGUCAUUCCGAUUUUAGCAGCAGAGCCAUCUCUUGAUCAUCCUCAAGAGAAUUUGAUGAAUAUCUUUGAGGAUAAUCCUGCAUUUGCCCCUUUGUCAGAAAUUGAUACUUCUACUUCUAGUUUUGAUGAGUUCAUGAUGCAAUCAUCAGGACCUUUGGUUAAUGAGAAGUCUAUAGUUGUUCAAACAAUAACUUCUCCCAGGAUGAUGACUGUUGUUCAAACAAUAACUUCUUCCAGGAUGAUGACUCAAUCAAAACCCAAAGUUGCCAAAAGAGCUAAGAUGAUUUCAAGGGUAACAGUGGAUAGUAACAGAAUGAAGGUGGCUGAAAUUGUUGAGCCAAUUGUAGACAAGCCACAAGAAGAGAUGCAAGCUGCUGAUUACAGGAUCACAAGGGUGGAGUUGGGCAAACAAACGCAUGAAGUGGUCAAACAUGAUGCUCAACAUUCUGUAGCCUCAUUGGUGCAGCGAUAUGAUGAACUUCUAGUGAAGAAGGAUAAGCUAGAAGAGGAAAAUGUACAACUUGUUGCCGCAAUUCAAAGGAUCACCAAGUCUUCUAAUGAAGGGGACAAUCCUUCAACUUCGUCAAGUUGA